GUCAGACCAAGACAGCGGCAUUUUUUUUUAUUUCUGCAGAGAUUAGAUUGGAUAAAAUUGGAUUUGAAAAGGAACAAAGCGAUCGAUAAUAUUUGAACAGAUGCACUUUACGGCUUUCACAAACGGUUGCAGUUUAAUAAUAAUGCUGAAUACUAAUCAGCACGAGGAUUUGCAAAUUGAUUGGUAGGAAAAAAAGUUCGAAGAGAGCCAGAAGGGUUGAGCAUGAAGAGGUGGACAAGAUUUCUGCUCAAGUUAGUCACGUUGACUGUCUUGUGCUCGGGUGCAUUCUUUGUUACGAGGAAUCUUCUCCUGUGCAGAAAAUCGUUCCAGGGAAAUUGGGAAGAAUUUGGAGAUCCAACCAACAAAGAACUCAGGUACUAUUACUACAAAUCGCUGCACCUGUCGGAUCAGGGCUCUGUCUGCUCAGAGACCAUCGGGGGCAAUGGCACAGCCAUCCCGCACACUCCCCCGAAUAAACCCGACGGCUCACCGAGAGCGACGAGAGUAACAGAAAACGACUACUUAAACAUGACGAGCGAUUGCGUGGCUUUCAAGAGAACGCGCAAAUAUGUGACCUUUCCGCUCAGCGAAGAGGAGAAGGUUUUCCCGAUUGCCUUUUCGAUUGUGAUCCACGAGAACGUCGAGAUGUUUGAAAGGCUACUGAGAGGCAUCUACACCCCCCAGAACGUGUACUGCAUCCACGUGGAUAGGAAAUCCUCGGGAAAGUUCUUUCUGGCCGUCCGAGCCGUCGCUUCGUGUUUCGCUAAUGUUUUCCUGACCCGCAAAUUAGAAGAUGUCGUCUACGCUUCGUGGUCUCGGGUCCAGGCGGAUCUGAACUGUAUGGAAGAUCUGCUCAAGAGUCAAGUGCAAUGGAAGUACCUCCUGAAUUUGUGCGGCAUGGAUUUCCCAAUCAAAACCAACGCAGAGAUCGUCCGAAAGCUCAUCGAAUUGAACGGGAAAAACAGUCUGGAAUCGGAAACGCCGUCCGGGAUCAAGAGGAAACGAUGGGAGUUUCAUCAUGAAAUUAAAACUUCUGUAAGCAGAACUGAUCAAAAGAAAAGCCCACCUCCAAUCAAAACCCCAAUGUUCACUGGGAAUGCAUACUUUGUAGUUUCAAGGGAAUUUGUGAGCCAUCUAUUUUCAAAUCCUGAAAUCCAGAACUUUAUGAAAUGGUCAGAAGACACUUAUAGUCCGGAUGAACAUUUCUGGGCUACUCUACAGAGAAUUCCUACAGUUCCAGGCUCUUAUCCUCCCAAUAGUAAAUAUCAUAUGUCGGAUAUGGCAUCCAUUGCCCGCCUGGUGAAAUGGUCAUACCUUGAGGGGAACAUAUGGGAAGGAGCUCCUUAUCCAAAAUGUUCAGGAACUCAUCGGCAUGCAGUAUGUGUCUAUGGACUUGGCGACCUUAACUGGAUCUUGCAACAGCAUCAUUUGUUUGCAAACAAGUUUGACCCUGAUGUGGAUGAUAUAGCACUACAGUGCAUGGAAGAAUAUCUGAGACAUAAAGCAAUUUAUGGAAAAGGAUUUGUGUAAAUGAAAUUAAGUUAGAUUUUCUGCCCCUAAUUUAUCUGUUUUUCCUUUCUAUAAUUGGAAAUGGCCAUACAACAUCCUUCAACUCUCAGGAGUGUGAGACCAAGCGAAAUAAAUUUUAGAGAUGUAUUUGCUUCCAUAGCGAUUUUAGGGGCUGGGAGAUGGGGAGUAAAUUUGUGAGGCUGUAUGUUGCGUUUACAGCAAAAGAGCUCACUCUGCAUGCAAUUUCUAAAUAUGUUGAGGCUAAUUCUCUACAAUUCAGGGAAAGAGAAAGCAAUAUCUAAGCCAAAGGCUUGGCUUCCACCAUUUACCAUUUUACUAUUGUUUGCUCAGCUGCUCAGAUCUAUAACCUAUCGAAAGCCACCAUGCUCCAGUACACUGCUUUAAAAACUAGUAAUUCUCUAAUAAAUCUACUUCCAAGGUUAUUGACACCACAGAGAAACAUAAAUGCAUGAUAUUUAAACAUAAGCAGUUCAAAAGAUAGGACAUAACUUUAUUGGGUGCUCAUCUUUAUUGUAGUGCUCAAGCCCGCUUUACCUUUUGCUGUAUUUUCAGCAGUGCAAUCUGUAAGCCCUUCUGGACUGAUAAUUAAUAAUAAUUCUUGCAUUUGAUAUAG